CUCUUCUCCUUAGAGCGCUCAUUCCACAAACUGGUCUCACUUAGCACUUGGCAGAUUUAUUUUCAUUACUAAUAUUUUACUCUAGAGCCUUUGGCCACAGGCGUGCACUCACUUGGUGUGCCCACCUUUUAAGUGCAAGAACAACGGACAGGCAACAUGAGUGAUUGGAGUGCCUUACACCAGCUCCUAGAAAAGGUUCAACCCUACUCCACAGCUGGAGGAAAGGUAUGGAUCAAGGUCCUUUUCAUUUUCCGCAUCCUGCUCCUGGGCACUGCUAUCGAGUCAGCCUGGAGUGAUGAGCAGUUUGAAUUCCAUUGCAACACUCAACAGCCUGGUUGUGAAAAUGUCUGCUAUGACCAAGCCUUCCCAAUCUCUCACGUGCGCCUCUGGGUCCUACAGGUCAUAUUCGUAUCUGUGCCUACACUCUUACACCUGGCACAUGUGUACUAUGUGAUUCGACAGAAUGAGAAGUUGAAGAAGCAAGAGGAGGAGGAACUUAAAGUUGCUCAUUUUAAUGGGGCCAGUGGGGAAAGGCGCUUGCAGAAACAUACAGGAAAGCAUAUCAAGUGUGGCAGUAAAGAACAUGGUAACAGGAAAAUGAGAGGCAGAUUGCUGCUAACCUACAUGGCCAGCAUCUUCUUCAAGUCUGUCUUCGAGGUGGCCUUCCUUCUGAUCCAGUGGUACCUUUAUGGAUUCACUCUGAGUGCCGUUUACAUCUGUGAACAGUCUCCUUGCCCACAUCGGGUGGACUGCUUCCUCUCUCGCCCCACAGAAAAAACCAUCUUCAUCCUCUUCAUGUUGGUGGUGUCAAUGGUGUCUUUUGUCUUGAAUGUCAUCGAGCUGUUCUAUGUCUUAUUUAAGGCUAUUAAGAAUCAUCUGGGGAAUGAGAAGGAGGAAGUUUACUGUAAUCCAGUUGAGCUACAAAAACCUUCCUGUGUCUCUUCGUCAGCUGUUCUCACCACCAUAUGUUCUAGUGAUCAGGUAGUCCCGGUGGGACUUUCUUCCUUCUAUAUGUAAAGAGAACAGAACCAUGUCAGUUACAGUGCAUAGUCAAAGGGGGAAGGGCAGGCAGGAAGUAUCCUUUCUGGCUUGUUCUGAGCCUUUUUUCCCCCUCUGUGAUGAUAAACAGAAUUCUUAGAGGGUUUUAGGUAGACAGAAAAGCAAAGCAAGGGUACUGGACAUUAACAUUCUAGAACUAUCUAACAGAAGCAAUGACUGAGUUAACAGCAGCCUGAUAACCUAGACUUUGUGAUUUAUGCUUGAAAACAUUGUGGAAGUAAAUUAUCUUUUUUUUUUGGUUCUUUUUUUUCUGGAGCUGGGGACCGAACCCAGGGCCUUGCGCUUUCUAGGUAAGCGCUCUACCACUGAGCUAAAUCCCCAGCCCCGUAAAUUAUCUUUUCCCUUAAAAUGCAUCAUCCAAUUUAUUGAAUAAUAUGUAAUAGUUCUGUUAAUUGAAAAGAGUAUAUAUUUCUCUUAUACACUAUAGCAGUAAUCCCAUUGCUGAGAUAAACAACAUAUUUUACUUGUUCAAGGUAGAGUCAUACUUAACUGGAUCAGUUGUACUGACAAAAGCACUUGGAGAGCACUACAAACUUAACGAAAUGCUUAGAGGUAAACUCUGAAAUGUGCCUACGUGAACUUGGCAAUCAUAGGCACUCUCGGCUUUGUUCUCAGUAAUGCAUAUUAAUUCAGAUCUUACAUUCUGCGGUGAGUUUUGCAGUCUCAUGGGAUGACUGGCAUUUUUCAUGUUCAUAUUAAGAUUUUAUUUGGAAAUCAGGAGAGGGUGAAGGGGGUUUGUACAAUUCCUGUGUAAUUGGCCUGAAACAUAUCAAGAAAGGGUACCCAUUUCUUCCAAUGCCUUUUAAAACAUUCCACAGGUGGUUGAAAGUGUUGAGCUGCAGACUUUCAUUCUUGUAUGACAGCCCCCCCCCACAAUUUUAUACAAGAAAUGCUUACCAUAUGAUGUUAAGCUACUGUCGUGUUCAGCUUCAUUUCAUGCAAUGCCAGCUUAGUAUAUCUUGUGGAGAAUUCUUUAGUCAAUAAAGCCUUUGGA